ACUUUUGACUCUAAUGGAUGUACGAAGCAUUAUCCUUGUUUUACAUAGAAGCUGAUGUAGCUGACAAUAUAAUUGAUGAUGUAUUUUCAUUAGUAACACUUGGACUUAAUCUCAGUUUGUCAAACUAACCAUGUGGAUUAGUUUUAAAUUUUCACAUACGAGACAAUACUUGACUCUCUACAUAAGUAAUUUAUGCAGAUUCCUGUGUAUUGUCAUAUAUUUCUCUGUUAUUCCUAGAGCACAUUGUUCACAAGUCCCAAAUGGGGUCAAAUCAGUCAAUAAAGAUCUAGGACCGUUAACUUUGCCACCAUCGGCAUUUUCCGCGAGUUCCGUGUAUCAGAAUAAACCGGAAUAUCAAGCACAUAAAGCGAAUUUUGUAGUGUUUGCUUCGAAGGAAGAAUUUUCUGGUGCUUGGUGUCCAGCCAAAUUAAUUCAUAAAGAAUUAGAUGAAUGGCUUCAAGUUGAUUUUGGUGCAUUGAAACUUAUUAAAGUUCUCUUCUCUGAAGGUGGAGGUUUGAAUCAAAAUGCAUUUGUUCCAAUGUUUAUCAUUAAAUAUCAACGAGAGGAUAACACGAAAUGGUAUGAAUAUCGAAUGAGAAAUGGAAGCAAGUUACUUCAUGCAAAUCGAAAUAGUCAAACAAAUGUAAUUCAAUUAGAUCCACCAAUUAUAGCAAAACGAUUACGAAUAUUGCCUUAUACUAUGGAAUCCAAUCCAAAAUUAAUGUGCCUUCGAUUGGCUAUUUAUGGAUCUGUUUUCAAUGAUGGAGUUGUUGAAUAUUCUAUUCCCGAAGGAGAUGUCUAUAGACUUGAUCCUCGUGGUGAUUUUGUUUUAAACGAUACCAAUUAUGAUGGUGUAUUAAUCUCUCCUGAAUCGUCUUUAAUGACUACCAACACUAAGGAACUAGAUAACAUGGAUAAACAACAACGUACCGCUUAUCUUACUGGCGGUCUUGGUUUAUUAAUGGACAAACAAUAUUUUGAGGGCAGUUUACCUGAACAAAUAGACAGUGGCAGUAGUAGUCCUGUUGUUGGCUGGUUUCGACGAAAACCUACUACCAAUCCAUCUGGUCGUAUUACAAUGUUGUUUAAAUUUGAUCAAGCUCGUAACUUUACACAAAUCCGUAUCCAUACUUUGAAUUCAUUAGACUAUAUUGCUCUUUUUCGUCGAAUCUCUGUUCAAUUCAGUAAUGGUGGUCAUUAUUUUGAUCGAAAUUAUCCGCCGGUUGUUUUAGAUAUACAUCGUGAUAUUUAUAACUCUAAACCUCGUUGGGUCCCUAUUGAUUUAGGCUUUCGUAUAGGUCGUUAUUUACGGAUUACACUAUGGUUUGAUUAUGAUUGGAUUGUUAUUUCAGAAGUUACUUUUGAAUCAUCAUACUUGUCAAAUGAAGUUGUUUUACAAACAGAACAGUCUGAUGAUCCUAUUCAAAAGACUGCUGAUUUUGAUCCAACUGAUAUUGACUCAGAAGCGGAAAGACUAUUGAUUAUGUCGAAACCAUCAUCAACCGAUCAAGCACAAAGUUUAUCAGUGAAGAAUUCGCCAUCGGUUCAAAAAGAUCUCGACAUUGAGAAGCCAUCAUCAUCAGUAUCAUUAGCCCAAGUUACAUUGUCCACAGCGUCAUCAACAUCGUCUUCACCAUUUGACACACCAAUUAGUGCAACAUUCAAAUUGAGAGGAUCAAAUGUACCAUAUAUCAUCGCGAUUAUAUGUUGUUGUUUAGGCUCAUUUGCAUUUGCAUGCUUUUUUGCAUUUAUGAUAUUUCGAUUGAAACGUUACCGAAGGAGACGUUUGAAAAAAUUGCAGAAACAACAAAAGCUUCCACAUACUUUAGAUAAACAAUCAUCUAUGCACCAUCAACAUUUACUUCUUACAACAGCAGGACAAAAUCAAAAUUCUUUGUCGUCUACACUGUCUACUCCUCCUUCUUGUUUAUCAUCAUCUACAUCCGCACCGACUUCUGUUCCUGCCUUAAACAAUACAUCAUCAUUACAUCAGUAUAACCAGUUAAAAUUGUCUAAUGGGAAUCAUUAUGCUACUGAUAUUCAUAGUAAUAACAAUAAUAGUAAUAAGAUGGUGCAUUCUAAUGUUGUCAGCCUCUUACAAACUCCAACAGCUAUGGAUAUGCAUAGUAAUUAUAAUCAUUUGACUGGAGCUUUUUCUCAAGGUUAUUCUGACAUGUUGACUCAUCAUCAUCCAACUGGAACAAUUUGCGCUCCAUAUUCAACUAAUGGAAUCGAUCAAGAUGGUUUGCUAGCUUUUCAAUUAUUACAACAUGGUCCUACGGUUGGAUCGAAUUUUUCUGCAUUAAAUGGUUUAACAUUAGCUCGUCGUGGAUUAUCUGACAAUAAUAGUAAUAAUAACAAUAGUCCUGGUGUUUUCACGGUACAUCCAAUGGUUACACUAGGAACAGAUAAUAAAUUAAUCGGUGUAAAUUUACCACCGACAAGUUGUAAUUUUGCAUCUCAACUAAAAGGUAAUCUACUCUGUUCACAAAACAGUAACAAUAAUGUCAACAACGGUGUAAUGAAUACCACUUUUGUUGCCCCGCAUUCAUCGUUGCCUCCACCUCCUCCUCCACCAGAUCAACCGUUACCACCUCUGCCGAAUUUGUCAUCGGAUUUGAAUAAUGCAAGCAAUCGCCUUUUGAUUAAUACAUCAUUGUCGCCUGUUUUCCCGUAUGCUGUUACCGCAGCCGCUGUAUCGUCAUCGUUCGCCUCACAAGCAUAUCCAAAUGAAAAUAGCUUUAUACUAUCCAUAGAUAGUCCAAUGCCAGAAUAUGCAAGCGCUUCAUUAUUCAGUGGUACAGGAAGUGGAACAAUAAGUUUAGGUCCAAAUGAUCUUAGAAAUUCUAUCAUCUCAAAAACUACUUUUGAUAGUUGUGAUACAACAAAUAAAUAUAAGCAAUUAAUGGAAACUUAUUGUGUACCACAACAUAUGAACUCAUGUUUUUGGCCAUCAAAUUAUAAUAAUGAUUUAAAUCAGUGUCAGUUAAAUUUUAAUGGUAUUCCUAAAUUAUCUACUCCUAUCACAGGAACAGUACAGAUGGCGGCAGCAACAUCAUCCGAUAAUACUCAUAACAAUACACAAAGUAGUAGUAUAAAUAAUGAAAACCUCUCGGAGAGUUUAGAUUCCAGUGGUAUGUAUUAUUUAACACAUAAAAAACAUAACAACGAUGUUAAUAAUAAUGAUAACAUUUCUCCUAAUUUAAUUCAUCAAAAUCCUGCAGUGUUUUUACCGUUUACUGCUGGUGGUGGUACUUCACCGGCAGCAACAGCAGCAGCACCGCAACAACAACAACCACCGCUGGGAACACAUUUAAUACCGAUUCGAACAAUUGGCUUACGAUCUGGCAGUGGUAUUACUAGUGGUGGAAUUAUAUUAGCGAAUAGAGAUAAUUCAAUAUCCAACAAUCAUUAUCAAUCUGCUCUGACUACUACUACUCCUGCUAGUCCAAAUCACUUUCAUCAUCACCAUGGUGACGAGAAUAUGAAAGAUUUAAACAAUUUUACAAUACAACAAACAACCACUAUCACCCCAAAUAGGUAGAAAAAGUUUUUCCUAUAUUUCUUAAAUAAUCAGAAAUUUUUCUAUUGUUAACCAAUCAUGUGUUGUUAUUACGGCUGGAGUUUCCCCUAAUUUUUAUUUUAAUCAUUUUUUGUUUGAUUCAGCAUAUAAAUGAUAAAAUUUGAAAAGUCAAUAUUAUACAUAUGCACGGUUCAAUAUUCAAUUGUUAUAUUGUUCUCUUUGUGAAUACAUCCACUUUUUUGAUUGAUUUGACAAAAUUCUGAUUUGUUUUCCCUGUGAUUAUUAUAGUUCUAUUAUCAUUAUCAUUAUUGUUAUGAAGAUAUUUAACACAUACACACACACACAUAGGAGUCGUAAAACACAAUACAUAAUUGAGUGUAAUCUCCUCUUAUUAUUUGUAUAAUGAUUACUAAAAAAAACUAAGUUUUACCCUCGUUUUGUUGUCCUUUUGGCUCUCCAGAAAAUCUUUUCUAAUUUGUAAACACCAUUUUUUAAUUAUUGAAGUUGUUUUUUUUCUUAUCAAAUGUGUGAUACAUAAUGAAAUUAAUUAACAAAUCAAGUCCUAUAAAUUGCGCUUUCUGUUGUUUGUGUACUUGUUUACUGAAUGAUCAGUUAGUUCAACAAUUGAUAUAAUUGUGUAAAUCUUGUCAAAAUAUCAACAGCGGUAAUAAUAAUAAUAUCUUCAUAUCAAAAGUGCACUCAUGUAUUUAUGAUGCCCUCCUCCCAAAAAGUAGUCAUGUAAUUUAUGUUCAUAUCCAAUAACUGGUUGAAUGUAUAUGUUUUCGUCAUGUACAUCUCAUACUCAUUCACAUUCAUUAUCCUAUAUUAUUAUGCAAUCUUUAUAUAUGUAUACAUUUAUACAAUUAGAGUUGUUCUAUUUACGACUACCGAGUUGGGUUUUUUUUAAAAAUUUAAUUAUAAUGUGAACAGACUAAUUAAGUUUCAUGAAACAACGAACUUUUGAAAGUGUUAUAUAAUAAUCUUUAAUUGCUGAAAUUUUUGUUUACCUUUUCUCUUCUGUUUUGUCUUACACACAGAUGGAGGAGGGUAGGUGUAGAUUGAAUCGACUAAUACUAUUAUUAAUUCCCACUGUUUAUAUUGUAUUCCUGGGUUUUUUCUUUCUAGAUUCAUUUCUAUUUCAGAUUCAUUUUUAUGCCUAAAGAAUUUAUGUAGGUGAGGCAGACCAGUUUACUGUUAUCUCACUACAUACUAAGUUAUUUUCAUUCCCUUCUCUCUUGACUAGUCACUUUUAUUUCUUCACUAUCAUCGUGAAGCGUUAUUUGUCAAUGAUUUCUUCAUUAAGAAUAAACCAAAUAGUUAUGGUUAUCUGAUACAUUUUGUUCAGUUUCGCCUUGUGUAAUUUCUCCUGUUAACUUCGUCUUAUCUGUUUUGUUUUCUGUUUUAUUUCUCUAGUUAUUGUUAUCGUCCUAUCCAGUCAUUAUCAUUGUUUUUUUCUCUGCUACCCGCCUCUUUUAUGGUCUUUUUCUCUAUGAAGUUUCAAACAUAUGAAUAAAUAUUUCAUUGAGCGCCUUGAUUUUGUUAUAUGAAACUAUUUAUAUAUCUAAAUAUAGACAGACAUUCAUACGUACACAUGUUCAUAUUUGAUAUUUGUAUGUUUAUUUAUUUAUAUUAUCUUUCUUUCUUUUCUCAAAAGUAAUAAGCAACAAAUAAACACAUUCACUUGUUGACAGAUUUUUUUUCCCGUUUCACUUUUCUUCUUAAACCGUCCUCUUUGUUUUUUAUUAUCUUCUUGGCUUUUUGUGACGAACACAUACUCACACAUGGAACAGUCUACGGUUUUUUUUUAUUUGUAUGCGAGAAUUUGAAGGCUGUUAUUGAUUUAUAUUGUUAUAAUUAUUAUUGUUACUAUUAUUACUAUUAUUAUUCUGAUUAAGUCAAUCGGGAUCAGUAUUGUAUUAUUCCUUUGUACAUUGUUUAUUAAAAAUAAAUUCUUGUAGUAAAAUGAA